CCAGACCUGCCCAGGGUUGGCUCUUGGGCAAGGAGGAUGAGGGAAUGAGCCUGUGGCUAUUCUGGUAGCUGUGAGUUAUGGAGGUGUCACGUGAAGCAGAGAGCCCAGAAAUGCAUGUCAAAUCGAACCAGUGACUAAUCACGGUAUUUUGGUUGUCUUAUUGCCUGCCGGAGAGAGAUUUAUGGGCUUAGAAAAUGCUGCCGUAAUAAUCCCUGGGCACUGAUUUGAUCUUCAGCUGAGGCUUCCCAAGACACCGUGGAAAGAGAACGAAAAGGGGACUCCUGUCCUAGGGGUGACGAGGUCUAAACUGGCUGGAGCUUGAAACACAAACAAGAGGAGAAAAGCCACCACUCCCUUCUCAUCUGUGUCUGCUCAGAGCCACGUGCUGGCAGCCGGAGAGGAUCAAUUUGAUCUGCCUGUGGAGCAAGAAGGGUCGGGGGCCACAGCUGAGCAGACACGAAGGGCCAUUUAUUGGGAUUGUCAUCUAGCUCCCUCAUCUGUCACCUGAUGGCCAGCCAAGACAGUGCUCAGCACAACCACAGACUCUUCAUCCUUGCACAAGUUGUGGAGGCGAGAACAGUAAGCAUCCUACAGCUGUUAUAACAUUCAGCUGUUUUUUUUAUAAAGGAAUGCAUUGAAUUCACUACAAAUCUACUAACUGUCCCUCUAUGCCAGGCAAGAGACUGAGUUUUUUGUUUUGGUUUUGUUGUUUUUUUUUUUUUUUUUAUUUGAUUGGGCUUUUCUCUAACAGCUGGAGGUCUGCUGGGCAUUCAGGCAAUGGCUGUUGAGUAAGGCAGCUGCUUCAAUAUCUAAUUGAAUUUUAGCUCUAAUAACUCAAGGGGAAAGCAUUGCAUUUUCUACCAUGAGCUACUUCCUGUCCUACUGUAAAGCACACUGCACCGCCGUGCUUGCCCAGUACCAGAGCCUGAGAUCAGAGGGCUUUCUGUGUGAUAUUUUGCUGAAAGUGAAAGAAAACGAGUUCCCUGCACACAAGUCCUUGUUGGCAUGCUCCAGCGACUACUUCCGAGCCAUGUUCAAAAGCUAUACCCAAGAGUCUAAAGCCAGUGUCAUUCAUCUGCAAGUUGUCUCACCUACUGGUCUCCAGCACAUCCUGGAUUUCAUCUACACAUCCUUGCUGCCCCUUUCCUUUGAAAGCCUGGAGGACACUUUGGAAGCUGCAAGCUACUUGCAAGUGACGGAUGCUAUCAGUUUGUGCAAUCAGUACUUAAUCAACAAUCUUGCCUUGGAAAACUGCUGCUUCUCCGCCAAUGUGGCCAGGAAGUUCUAUUUGCCAGAUGCCUUAGCAGCAACAGAAAAAUACAUUAUCAAUAAUGUCUGGAAGCUGCUGGACUUGGAUUUGUCAGGACUUCUUGAGCUGAACUUCAAGUCUUUACUAGCAGUGAUUCAAUCACCAGAUCUCCCCAUGGUGAAAGAAAGCCGCCUGUUGAAUCUUGUGCUGCUGUGGCUGAAGCAGGAUAAAUCCAGGCUGGAUCAUGCAAGCAGUCUUUUAGAGCACAUAAGAUAUGGUCUCAUCCCAGUGGAAGAGCUGAGAAAAACCUACACGCAGUCAGAAGUGUCCCUCUCAGCAGGUAUUAAGUGCUUGAUCAUUAAAGCAAUAAAUUAUCACACAUCUGUAUUCAAACAGCCUGUCCUGCAGGAUAAGUCCACUGCACUGAGGAACCAGAAAACUCGGAUCGUUCUGUUGGGGGGAGGGACAGCAAGUGAGGGGCUUGUCACUGACGUGGUGGCCUUUGAUGUUUACAAUCACAAGUGGCGAACUCUCACACAGCUGCAGGACAGGGUGCAGAACCACAGUGUGUGCGUGGUGGGGAACUUCCUCUAUGUCUUGGGUGGGGAAAUAGAAAGUGGUUCCCUGGGUGAUGCUAAAACUGAAAAGAUCUUAUUGGUUACGAACAAAGUCCAUCGUUAUGAUCCAAGAUUUAACACGUGGACUCAAAUCACAGGCAUGCUGGAAAAGAGAUGCCAGUUUUCUUGUUGUGUCUUAGGCAAGGACAUCGUUGCCAUUGGUGGAAGGGGUGAAGAUGGAUCUCUGCAUUCGUCUGUGGAAGUCUAUGAUAUCAGCAGGGACAGGUGGACGAAGGCCAGGGAAUUGCCAUGCAAGAUACAUGGCCAUGCCAGUGCUGUUUGCAAGAACACUAUAUACAUCUCUGGGGGCAAGUACUCAGCCCCAGCCAGCACAAGCAAUGAUGUAUAUUCUCUGAGCUCACUUGAAGGGCAGUGGAUGAAACGAGCCCCAAUGAGCAUUGCUCGGUUUGGGCAUCAGAUGGCAACAAUCAGGGAAUCCAUAUUCACCUUUUUAGGAUUAUAUGAACCAUUCUCUGAAAUAGAAAGGUACGACCCUGACCAAAACCAAUGGACCCGGUUAAGACCACUGGUCUAUGAUCGAUUUUCCUAUGGCCUGGCAGUGGUAGAGGAAACGGCUCUUCUUAUUGGGGGAAAGAAAUGGCAAAACUCACUGGAAGUCUCCACGCAGGACGUGGUUGGCUACGACAUUGACAACGAUGGCUGGGAGGAGAUCUGCAAAGCCCCUCUACCUUGGUGUGGGCUGCAGUGUGCUGUGCUCCAGCUCUCUGAGACGGCUGACGAGCGGGACAGUGACAGCCAGCACAAGAAGCUGCCCAACUGCUGAACUCACAACACUGAGGAACAUCCACCCCAGGAGAUGAGCAAGCGGGGCGGUCCCGGAGAAGAAAACUGUGGUGGCACUGAAUGGGAGAAAGUGGAACUUUUGCUUGGAUGAGCCAAAUGCUUGGUGGAAACAGGCAAGAAAAUCUGGCUCCAGCACAGAAAACACUGCUAGGAUUUAUAGAGCCAGAAGCUGAUCUCACUGAGCAGGGAUGUAGCAAGCAGCAUAUUUAGAGGUGAUCAGUGAGAAUCAUAAUCUUUGACUUUUGAAGAGUAAUACCUAGAUAGAAAUUAGUAGGUGUUGCAAGUCAUAUUUUAAAUAUAUUAAAAAAUAUAAUCCAACUUUUCUGUUUUCUUAAUCAGAGGUAAUUUUCCCAGUUGGUAAAGUGCUAUUGAGCUUUUAUGCUAUGGCUAAGCAAAAUGAAAGCGAGCUGUAUAAAGACUAGAAAAUUGAUGCCUACAAGAAUUAGUAGCCAAGGAAAAGGUAUUAUUUGAUAUGCCACAUAGUAGGCAAGAAUGUCUUCGCUAACCAGCAGGAAAUUACUAGACAGAAAGCAUGGAUUUUUUGCUAUGUGGACUCAGUUACAGCCAUAAGUUAAAACAGUGUUUGUUUGAUAGAAGCCAUUUCUCUCUCAGAGGCCUUUGUUGUAGAAUGCUUUCCAGAUGCUUAUUUUGUGUCAUUUUAAAGAGGCGAUCUACUGGUACUGUACCUUCCAUUUGUAUCCAAAUCCCAUGUUAGUUUAGAUGGUCAGAGCUGAAUAAGUAUACUUAUUAUCAGACUCUAAGAAGCUUGUUACAAGAGUAACAAGCUGUAACUAAUGCCUUGACACUUUACCUGGGUAGCAAACAGUGUUUUAUCACACCUGCUCAUAAUGGUGAAAUUGUUCAUUGCUGUUGAACUGGUACAUGAGAGAAUCCCGCAGUAAAAAAUGUUUUCUUUCAUCAAACAGUAAAAAGGGGAGGGAGGUAACUGAAGGUUUUCAGAAGUCUUUAUUCAGUGUCUGCCUACAUAUGAAUCAGCAAUAGCCCUUUUUGGCCAUGCUGGCAGAGUUCGAACUCGGAUUACAGAGGUACAUAAAGAAGAGAUAUAGAAGUGAAGAAAAGUUGGAGAAUUUUUAUCGAUGGAAGUGUUGUGGGCCUGUACAGAUCUCCCUAAAUUCUCCCAUUGUGUGCUACCCUGUGGGCAAGCUGUGUUCAUCACUGUCAGUGGUGGCCAGGACUGAAAGAAAAAGAGAAAUGCUAUGCAUUUCUCUUUCUUGUCAAUUUCUUCCUUAUUAAAACAUCUAAUGUGCUAAAGGGCAAAACAUUCAAUAGCUGAAUACUUAAAGAGUGGUUAAAAUCUCCUGUGGUCUUGAUUUUUAUGCUUUUUUAGAAAGUCCAUGCAGCACUGGAUCAGAAGUUUGGGAUCUCUAUCAGUUCAUAUUGCUGAACACUGAUGUGAUUUGCUAAAGGGCAAUGGAAGAAAACCCUCCUCAGGGAGUAUUUUACAUCUGUUGCUCUCUCUCUCAUCUUUUGUUAUGCAAGCCAAAAGAGAUCUUUCCUCAGGUGCCUCUUCCCUAGCAACAUUGCAAAGGUUGUACAUUGCAAAGGUUGUACACUCAGGGGGUUAGUACAGGGAUGGCUUGCUGAAGAAGCAAGCCAGCACUCUGACUCCAUGCUAUCCGCAUUCACUUUGCUAGAGUGAUAUGGAGCCUGGAGUGGCAACCAGCCACCACAUGCAGGCUUGCCAUCAAAAACCCAUGGCUUCCUAAAAAGGAAAAGGAAGGAAAAAGUUCUGCACCAAAGUGAAGGACAGCAUUUGAGUUCAUCCCUAAGGUUCAGUACUGAAUGACAAGUGCCUUUAACGAAUCUGGAUAGCAACAUGGCCCCUGUGGGUCUAAACUCCUUGCUGGGGGGCUUGUCCUGCCCUCCCUCCCCACACUGCUAGCCUGGGGAUCUGCAUGGCUGGUGCUCCUCAGGGCUCACCUCCUGGGGCAGGCAGCCACCACUCAACAUGGCCUCAGAGGGACUGCAGACAGCAGACUUGUAACCUCGUCCCAGAUGAGAACAGCUCUGAAAUUGCACAGGAAGAGGUACAGGACUGUGGGGGCAGGACACAGGCUGAGUUAGGCAGCAGAACACUGACAGAAGGUCUUUGGAAGGCAUCAAAACAUCCCCUCAGCUGGGGCUGCCACCCCAGACCCUGUCACUGCCUGGGUCACGUAGCUAUGAGCGGCAAGUCAAAAAGGGAACAGGAUUUGCUAAAAAGGAAACAGGAGGGAAGAAAAACAGCAGAUCCCUUAAAUGCCUUGCUGCUGCUGAGGCUGGGGAAGCUUUAAAGAGGGCAAGACAUUGCCUUGUUCCACACAUGGUGAGGGAGAGGGCAGUGGGCAUCAUGCAAAACACAUCCCAAGCCCUUAAUAUUUUCCAGAGAAACACUGAAGGUGGUGGUGCUGCUGCUCUCAACGGCUCUCAGUAGGCGGGAAUGAGAUUACAAGCACAUCUCCCCUCCCUCAGCCUUCUGCUAGAGCCUUUGAUUGAUUUCCUGUAGGUGUUGGUGAAACCCUUGGCACCAUAAAGCAUCUGAUGUAUGCUGCUAGAUAUAGGGUUGAGCUUAAAACAUGUUUUCUUUUUUUAAAUUGGUGGGUUUGUAUGGAAGCCACGCUAUUAUAGCAGGGCUGUCUCUUUAAGGAAGAAUAAGGCCUCUGUUAAUGGCUUGUUUAAGUAGAAAAUGUGGCCUGAUAGGAUUUGCAGAUGACCUCAGAACAGCAGCCAACACAGCAGUUGUUUUUCACCCUCACUUGGCUGCUGAGUCACAAGUUGCAUCUUUCCUGUUCCUCAGAAUACACUGCUGGGUUGCUGUUUCCACACACUGCUGAAAAGAAAGGUCUCUUCUCUGAAGCAGUAAUUUUGUACCCAGUCCCACCCAAACCUGAACAACUCUAACUCUGGAGCAGAAAUAAAGCUGCACAAACUCUGCAACACACAGGAUCUAAAUUCAGAACCAUAUCUCCCAAAUGCAAGAAUACACUGGCACUACGCUUGGUAACAAUGAAGCUCCUGCUGUCUUCAAGUAAAUGCGAAGACAUUUGCAUUAAAUUCAGGAGAUAAAGAAUACAUGUAAAUCUCAUUAUGUUCCACUAUUCUGCUUUCCAUAGGAGAAGUUUCUGAACUUUUUGUACUUUGCCCUCACUUAGAAUGCAGUAAAUAUUUGUAUAUACUUUUAUAUUUUCUCAGGAGAGAGAGAUGGAGAUUAUGGCUGAGUGGGUGAAACUCUGGUGAGGAAUGGUUUGGGUUCUUGGCAUUCAGGAAAAACUGGUGGGAUUUCUUACAGUGUGUUGUCAUUUGUUGUCGAAAAGAGCUCUGUGAUGUACUAAGUGUUACCACCUCCUGGCUCCAUUUUUCCAUUAUUUCCCUCUUAUAAACCAAGAUCUUAAGAGCAACAAAUAAGAGCACCAGACACUUGACAGAAAAGGGACCAGAGAGAAACAGUUAACACUGGUAUUUACAUGGAUCAAGGGAUGGCUGCUCUGUAUAAAAUUAUGAUUCAGGAAGAUGGUACUGAAUUAGAACCAUGCAGAAGGUCACCACUGCACCCAGCUGGCCAACACAUUGCUCUCUGGACUUAGAGAAUCUCUAGGCACACAAUUGUCAUAAAUCUGCUCUCUAUGUAUGGAAUAACCUCUAACAAUUUUCAGAGGAGGUCCUUGUGCUCCUGUGAUUCACUUUCCCUGUAAAAGCUCAAGCCACCAAAAUCUUGCAUGGUUUUCCUCUUUCCGUGAGGCACUGGGGCUAUGAGCACACAGAACUGCCCAUGCAAGGAUAGUGCCACGCAGUUAAUCAUAAAUUUUGUCACCUGCUCUGCUGACAAAGGUAAUAUUUUUCAAGGAUCAAAGCUUUCCAUUGGGGGUCCUUUGGACUUUGCCGGUGCUUCCAGACACCUCUCAGGCUCAAUCCUGUUGCCUUUAGACUUCUCACCCUGACUGGUGGACACCACUGCCACCCUGAUGGCAUUCUCCAUUUUCCUGCUAUCCUCUUUUCUGCUUGAUACCUUUACAGCUUAGUGACGCAUUUUCCUUCACAGCUCCUCUCACGCACGCCCACUCCUCUCCUCACAAUUAGCCCUGCAUUUGAACAAAAGUACCACCCUCGGCAAAUCCCCAGAAAGCCAAGCUGCUGUGAAGUCUGUGACAGGGAGUGAACAAGGCAUAGUCAGACUGAAAUCCCCAUGCUCCACUGAAAUUUAAACACCCACUUUCACUCCUUUCAGUGAGCUCACUCUGUCUGGCAAACAAACCAGCUAAGCUCAGCUUUCCCAGACCUUAGAGAGGCAAUUUUGUUAGAAUAUCUAAAGAAUCACUAAUUACAUUAAUUAACAGCUACCAUGUUAUUUCCCCCCUUCAAAUCCCAAAGAUUUCCUUCCAGUUUGAGAGCUACACCUUUAUGCUUCACCUUUCGUGCAGGGGAGAUAUCUACAUGAAGUGUCCCAGAGACUUUCUGCAAGUGGCUGUAAAUGUUCCACCAAAGCAAAGAGCAUUUCAGGCCUCUGGGAAAUGGUCUCAAACUAGGUAAACCACCGUGCUGGAAUGCACAAAUAUCUGUGCUUUUCUUUUUUUCUUUGCCUUCUUUACCUCAAUGUGUCUGUGUUGGGAACAGAGAAGUUGGUCUGCCACAAGUUAACUAAUAAUUGAUAUAAUCCAACAAAGCAUUUUGUAAUCUUCCUAUGCCAUAGAAUGUCAUCUCUGUCAUAGAAUGUCGUCUCUGCCAUGUCUAACAAAAGGGUCUGUGAAAACUUGCCUGGUUUUACUGGUAGGUGGGUAGAGCAGCAGACACGUCUGCUGAUCCUUUGGGAAGGGGGGAGCCUCCUGCGACAAGUUUUCCAUCCCAAAUUCAGGAUGUGCCUGAGGGGGGAGGGCAGGAGAUGUAACAUGGCCACAGAAUGCAACAGCCUGGCUGGGCUUGUAAGCCCCAGGGUACAGUUAGGAGAGAGACAGAAGGAAUCUCCGUAUAUUUAAGGUGAAAGAGUAGAAGGAUGGAAGGAGAGUGGAUGUGGAUUUUAGCUGUGUUGCAGGGAAGGGGAGAAAAGAAAUCCUCCAAAGAAGCAGUUGUUGGUUUCUCAGUGCAAGGCUCAAAUCCAUCUGUGCUGCUGUUCAGGUUAAUCUUUAAGAGUCCAAACUGUGCAAGAGGGAGACAUACCCAAAUGGUUAUAAAGCAAGGAUCCAGGAAUUAGUCAUUUUUUACACUAUUUGGAUGGCUGGUUGGCAGACAGAGCUAGGUAUUUCCUUUCCCCCACCAACUACAAGCUAAAAGGAACAAAAUGGUGAAAUCAAUGACAGGCUUACAAGGAGGUGGUGUCUCCACAGCUGUGUGAUGUGUAUGAGGUCACCCCUACACAGGUAUGGAGUGAGCCACAGUGACAUUAGAAACUCAGCUCCUGGUAGGAAAAUGUUACCAGCCACAUCCCUAAUUGCUGGGAAGAGGAAGAAGCACCACUGUGUUUAAGCUUGACAUGGUACAUCAGGCAGGAGGUGCAACAAAAUGCAGGUCUUCAUGGAAACAGCUGCUAAUCAUCUGCUCUGGGUAAUAUAGAGCAGAUUUCCCUGUUAAAGUACAAAUAGCAACCUGUGCCAUCUACUGAGCCACAUUAAAAUCAAGGCCUGACUGAACAUGUGAUUACGCCUGUGCACAUAUAUAUUAUAUGUAUGUCUAUACAUAUACAAGUGUAUAUUAAUGCUUUCCACACGUGAAGGAAAGUUUAAGCAAGCAGAAUUAAAGCUGGGGGCUUCUUGUGCAGUGCUUGGUCUUUGCAAUCUUUCUCUCAGGUAUUGCUUCCCUUUGCCUGGUCUUUUCUGUUCGUGUACUCCUCCAUCCUUUCUGGCCCUGUAUAUGUGAAAGUGCAGGAUUUUUCCCAAAGUCUUGAGUCAAAGAAGGGAGGAGUGGUGUUUAAAACCAAGCGUUGAUCCAUGCAUUUGGUGAAAUAUUAGUGGCUGGAGGAUCAUUAAAUUUUGUAUUUAUUAUUUUGUAUUUAUUUAACACAUGUAUUAAAUCUGCAUUUUAUACUAUCCUUUCCUCUAAAGGGGAAGUAUUUUUUGAUUACCAGGAUAGCUGGUUUCUAUUCUCCCCUAUUACAUAAACCUGCAGGCAAAAAAAAGAUAUUCCCUAGGGAUGGUGUUUACUGAAAGCACCAACACAACAGAGCCCUGCAACACGCUGGAGUUUUCUACCCAAAGGUAUGAGGCUGCUUCUUCUCUCACAUGCAUGGGCAUAAAUUGAUUUCUUGAAAUAAAGUGAACUGUGCAGGCAAGUGGAAAACUCAUCUCCCACAGGACAGAUAUCUGAGGGUAUUUUCCACUAUAACCAGGUUCAAUCAGAAGCAGAUAGGUACCAUAACCACUUUUAAAAGAUCCAGCCCUAGCUUCUCUAAGGCCUGACAGAUGCUAAACCUUUGCUGUGGCACCAAUGGUCUAAUUCUUUUUGUGAACUAUUUAUGACACUAGCAGUCUUCCUUUUGGAUCAGCAGAUCCCAGCAAAUCUCCCUUCCACUGAAGUCACUCUUCUGGUGAUGUCUGAAGGACAAGCUGCCUACACCUUGUCACAGCCUUGUGAGCCCCCACUGCCCUGCAGGCUGCAGUGUGAGCUGGCAGGCUGAAGCAUGUUCAACCUCCACCCUUCAUGCUGGUCUUGCUGUAAGUCUCACACUCAGCCACCUCUCUUCAGCUUUCCAUGCCACUGGAAUUGUUUAUUAAAAACAGCUGACACUAAACUCAACAUUAGGAAAAAUCGUCAAUGUCUCUCCCUUGCAGACCUGCAUUGUUGAGCUGGCAGUAACAUUUAGCCAUUUUCAGCAUCCACUUAGCAAUGAAGUACAGGCUGAUGGGUUAAUAUGUUAUUGAGAAGGGAAAACACAGGGAAUAAUUAGCUCAUUCUGUUUGUGCUGCCUCUUGACAGCUCUUACACACCUCAAACGAGCAUCAGGAGUAGCUCCCUCUUGGCUCCCAGCCCUGCUGUUUCAUGGGGUUAUAUUGGUGUGCUGUGAUUUCAGAGAGGGCAUAAGAAUGAAGUAACUCCAAAGCUUCCCAAAGUAACAGGGAAUUCUGAUCAAUGGCAGAACUUUUUGGCAGUAGUGUUAUAAUUGCAUCUAUUUUGGUUUUGGACAUGGUACUUUACUCAUUAGGUUGCCUACGAAGGCACCAGUUUAACCUUUAUUUGCUGACCUGAUUUUAGUGACUCUUUGGGAGAAUUUUACACAACAAAAUAGGAUAUCCUGACAUUUUUCUGUGCCACACAUUGAUGUAAGUGCUGUUUAACUUUACAACAAGCUACCAAUGCAGAAGUGAAAUAAACAGAUCAAUUACAUUUUGAUGGUACACUUCCCCCCGGGGCCCUGUCAUUCAGAAACAUUGAAAAACUUGUAUUUAUGAGGUAAGGCAGGAGCUGGAGCAAACUGGGUAAACUGCCAUACAUCUGAGGAUGCUGUGACUUCUAAGCAGGAUGAGGAGGUCCCUAAGUAUAAAAUCUCACAAGCAAUAUAGGGAAGAAGUUACUCUUUGGGGAAAAUGUUUUGGUUUUUUUUUGUUUUUUCACAAACCUAAGCUGUUACAGCACUUGAAGUUGUGAAAGGUUAAAUGACAAGCGAUAUGGACCCAGCAACAUUACUCACCAGUCAGAAUCAAGCCACAGUCACGCUCAACAGCAAUGCCUGUCAAGGUUUAUGGGACUGAUACCUGAAAGUAAUCCUGAAUGGAAGGGGUAACACCCACCCAGAAAAUGAACUCUGCUUCAGGCUACAUCUGAAGUUGCUAAUUUGUAUGAAAAUGUAGCACCGUGAGUGAAGUUUUCAAAACCACUUGCAUUACUCAGGAAUUGCAAUCCUAUUUUCAAUAUGAAAGAAACAUGGACGAUUAGUGUGGGGUACAUGGGUGGGGAGCAGAUUGAUUUAAUUGCCGUCUCAGUUACCUCUGUAACACACUGAGGUCUGUUGGGGAAGCACCUCAGGAGGCAUUUUGGAAAGGGGCCUGAAAUACUUCCCAAAAUGUUAUCCCAGAAGAUAUCAUAUUUAUUCAGAUAUUCAGAUUUAUUAUUGAAUAUAUAACUGCACAUGUUAUGAUAGCUGCACUGACUAGAUUCCAGCCUAAUUAAUCUGCACUCUGAUUUACAUGUUAUUUUUGUAGGGUAUGACACUGCCAAAUAUUAAGCACUCCCUGUCAGCUGCUGAAUGCCCAUCACACCACCAUGGUCUGUAAGCACUGCAGAGAGUUCAAAGUUUUUCAGAGCAGAAGCUCUGUGACAAGAGAAAUGCAAUAAUACUUUGUGGCUUCUCUAGACAUUAUUCACGUCAUCAGAUGUCAUAAUGAACUUGUGAACACGUAGGGCACCUCAACAUAAAGUGCUCUCUCAAAACCGGCGUGAGAGUGGUCACAGCAGAAAGCUUCGCUCCCCAUCCAAUGGGCAGAAUGUGUUCACCACAAAAGAAAUAAGAGAAAGGAAAUGAACAUCAGCCCUGACAGACAAUGGUUACGCAAAUGCAAGACUGAAAAUU